CAUGCACCGGUCGCAAACCUCAUGCAAGCCUGCGCGUACUAGUUUCGUUGUUCAAGCCUCCUGCUCCAAGUGGUCUUGUGUCUUGUGGUGUGGUCAAAUAAUCGAUGGUGGUACGUUAAACAGCAUGGACAAAAGCUGUAUAUGACCCAGGACUUUACACUACGAACUCCGCUCUUUCGAUGCGUCUUCCAUUCAUUUGACUCUUCAACGAAUUGUGUUCCUACCGCUUCCGGUAAUAUGCUGACUAAAGAAACCGGAGAGGAGGGCUCUCCUGGAACGUACUCUGCGCUGCACCAGGAAGACAGUCUCUCGAAAGAUCCUGCGCAUCAUACGCAUGAAAUCGCAUUGAUCGUUUUGACAUAGCAAUUUCCAGCCAGCGCAAUGCGCGCCUAGGUUGAAAUGCAUGGGAAACACUGGAAGAGCAUCGGAGAUCGAUGUGAACAACGUGCAGGCCAUGAGGCACGAGCGUCUCAGAUACUGACUGAGGACUCGUUGGAUCAGGCCACCGGGCAUAAUCACUUAGCAAUAGUAGACGCUGCGCUCUUGUUCUUCACAUCGAUCCGUACUAUGGGCUCGCGGUACGCUACGUUUGGUCAAUCACGACAUUUUACGGAGCACAAUACUCCAUCGCAUGGCAAUCCCAUCCCUUCCAGUUCGGAACUGCAACAGCAACUCAGGAAGGAGAUAGAGCAUCAGCUCAGGCCGCGCUUCGAGCAACAUCAGAAAGCAAAGGAGGAAGCUCUGGAGAACGGCGUGGGUCCUGAUGAGGCAGAGAGGGAGUUUCGCAGGAAUGUUACGCAGCUUCGUAGAGUUGCUGAUCAGCGUUUUGAGCAAGCGAUGGGGCAGUAUCGCCGAGGUGCCAGGCCAUCGCCGGGUCAACAGCUGGACGAGUCAUCCAUACAACGGCAGGACACGAUCUGGAGAGCCAUCACGAGGAGAAAUGAGGGAUUGCAAGAACCCGAUUUUCUGUAUAGGCGCACCGAGACCAUUGACGCUAUCGGCGGGCCAUCAAGAGCGGGGCCACCUGCUUGGCCCCCCAACAAUCUUUCACGAGAGGAGCCUCCUUCGAACGAACCGGCGUUUGGCGAUAGCUUUGCUAUGCCGGGUUCUUACGAAGAGGAACAAUCUCAGCGUACAGAAGGUAAUGCAUGGUCCGAAUUGGGGCGCUCUCCUUUCGGUCAUGGGCACUUGCGAUCUCGCACACCACUCAAUCUGGACGCAUGGCGAUCCGCAGGCGUGCAUGACAGCGGAACCGUGUUCCAGGGCUUGCAUCCGAAUGCCUCGCUUCCCAGCCGAUCGCGGCAUUCCAGCGAUAGCCAGCGACACGCUCCUCAACCCUUCGUCUCAGCUGUCCCAUCAGGUUCGCGCGACUAUGCGAACAAUGACCUGAGCGAGGUCCUCAGUGAUGCGAAUUUGCGGGAUUUGGCCCGCACUUUGAUGAACGGCGAUAUGAAUGUGCACGCUAAGGAAACUGCCAGGACUCCACAACUACCUCGACAAUUUCCUGCUCACCUGUAUCCUCACCUCGCAGAGCGAUCACAGUCUACUACGCCGAAACCAGGGGUGCCGCACCCGCUGAGGACGGGCAUACGUGCCGCAGAAGACGUUCAUCCGUCACGUCCGCCAAUCUUCGGAUCCCCCUUUACCGGCACGCUCGAGAAUGAGAAUCGCCCAGCCGUACAUGUCCCACACGCAGAAUAUUGGCUUCCGCCAUCCUCCUCCGACAUGCAACCCGUCGAUCCUAGCACUUUCACCAUUGACGACGACAGUCGGAGCAUACUAUCUCCAAUGAUCCCCUACGCAAACCUAGGCAAGGCUAGCAUGUCUGACGCGGGGACCCACCCCUUCCAACAUCCUACGCAAACCAGCUCUGACCGCAUGGCACAAGGGCAGUCGGGCCGCUCAUCGGCUCUAACGCCGGAGGGGAUUGAGAUGAUUAAUGCUGACGAGGGCGACAGCGAUUGGGAAGCUCCCGAGUUCACCGAGCUGGAUAAAGAGGAACUCGACAAGAUCAUUUCGGCGGACCUUCCUUCCAUCCUGGAGGGAGUGGAAGCAAUACACGAGAAAUAUGCAGCGCAGCCCGCCGCCCAGCCUCUGGAGCAACCGAAAGGGGUAACGGUGACGGAGGUGCCAGACGAAGCUGAGGUUGACCUUGUGGAGGAGCCACAGGAGGUGCAGAAGAAGCCGGCAAAGGUCGGCAAAGCGAAGCGUAAGGAAGAAGCGAAGCGCAGGGAGGAGGCGAGGCGCAAGGCAGAGGAAGCAAGACAGAAGGAGGACGAGGUCAGAAAGCAGAAGGAGCAGGAGGCUCAGGAGGAGCGGGAAGCCAGACGUCUCGAGGAAGAGAGGAAAAAAGCCGAAGAACAGCGUGCAUUCGAGGAAGAACACCGUCUCAAGGAACCGGAGGCACGCUUUGCCAGGGAACAGGCAGAGCUUCGUCGGCAGGCAGAGACACGGCAAAGGAAAGAUAGUUGGGCUAGGACGCCAGCAGCAGCAAGCAAGCAAGAUGCGAUCAAAAACGAAUCCAAGGACCUUGCGAAAAAAGCUACAGAUGGUAAGUGGACGGGGAACGAGUUACGCAAGAAAGAGGAAGAGUUGCGCAAGACGGCAGAAUUGCUGUCACUCCAGGAGGAGGAGCAGAAAAGGAGGGAACAAGAGCUAGCAAUGCGAGAGCAGGAAAUGGAGAGUAGGCAUGUGGACGAGGACAGAAGGAGGAUGCCAGGCGCACUUCGCAACAGAGAAGUCGAGUUGCGCGCGAGAGAGCGGGAGAUCCAACGACAGGGAGAAGAGAACAGAAAGAACGCGGAGAAGAUCUGUAAGAAAGACAUAGAACUAACGCAUAGGGAGGAAGCGUUGAACCGCAUGGCCCAAGAAAUGUUUGCAAGAUUGGAGUCGUAUCGUGAGGAAAUGCGUAGGGAGUGGCUUAGUAUGGGUGGCGAACUUUCUUGAUAUAUACUGUUUGCAACAUCUGCUCCUUUUCAUAUUAUCUUCGCUCUGUAUCGUGCUCUUGCUGGCCUUGCUUGCACCGCUGAGUCAACGUUUCUUAGACCCUUGAUGUGUUCAAUUCCUGUAUUGGUCUGGGUUAUCGUUUUCAUGUCGUUGAGUUUGGAUUCACGCUGUGAUGCGCUGCUUUCGUGUCACUGAGUAUGCACGACACUAUAUGCAAAGCAUUUCUUGUCGUUGUCGCGAGAGAUCUUGGUCUGCAAAGACUAGAAGGCUCACACGAGAGUAUUUAUGAUCUGAUU